GAGGCAGCCGCGCGGCUGUACGCGCAGCGCUCGGCCCUAGACGCGCGCCGCGAGCACCUGAAGCUGAGGUCGCGCCGCGAGGAGGAGCAAAAGCUCAACGCCACGCGCCUCCGGCCCCCGGCGGCCUCUGCGGCGGUGGACCCGAGUGAGAUCACCAGGCGCCUCUUCGACGACGACAUCGCGAAGCGGAGCCGUCGCCAGGAGGAGGUCGAGAGCCACCUCCGGCAGGAAGUCAGCUCCAUCGGCAGGAUGCCAGGCUCCAACCCGGCCCGCACCGCCAGCCCCGACUUCCACGAGAAGCUUUACAGCCACCACGGGGAGCGCCUCGAAAAGCUCAAGAAGGAACGCGACCAGCGGGAGCAGCAGAUGGAGGACGAACACCGCAAGAAUAUGAUCGGCACUGCGGAGUGGAGGCG